UUUUUUUCUUUUUUCUUUUUGAUCUUCAUAUCCGUUGAAUCCUCAUUUCACAAUCUUUCAACUCCCUUCUUCUUCUUCUUCUUCUCCAAAUUCAUUUUUCCUGCAAAUUUUCAUAUUUUUCUCAACAACCCACGUUCCAUCUUCUCUUCUGCUGCUUGUUCUCAUUUCACCUCGUUUCGCCGGGAACAAUGGCGGUUUCCGGUAGCAAUUCGACCCAGAUUCAUCCCUCCGACGAAUCUUCCUCCAGUUCUUCCGAGAGUUCACUAUCCAACUUGAAAGUCUACGCCGCGAUCGGCAUAAUUACUGCAUGUGUGAUUGCAGCGUCUGCUCUGAUCUUCCUCUGUAUCCGUAAAAAUAGGGACUCGAGGAAGCACAAAAUGCGGGUGAAGCAUAGUUCCGGAUUAAUUCCAUUGUUCUCCAAGGAGAUCGCCGAGAUCAAUGAGUCCGAUCGGAGUGUGGAUUGCGAGAAAGGGGAAGUCAUUAGGGUUGAGAAUAAGAAGGAAACUGAGUUCGAGACUGGAGUAGGUAAGAAGAGUCAAGAGAGCGACGUGUCCGGCGGCGGUCGAAGCGAUGUGCCGGUGGAGGAUCAGAACUUAGGGUGGGGACGGUGGUACACCUUGAAGGAACUCGAAAUUGCCACCAAUGGGUUUCUGGAAGAGAAUGUUAUUGGAGAAGGAGGCUACGGCAUCGUGUACAGAGGCGUUUCGCCGGACGGCUCCGUCGUCGCCGUGAAGAAUCUUCUUAACAACAAGGGUCAGGCAGAGAAAGAGUUCCAGGUUGAAGUAGAGGCCAUUGGAAAAGUAAGGCACAAGAACUUGGUGGGUCUGAUGGGUUAUUGUGCAGAAGGAACACAGAGGAUGCUUGUGUAUGAAUUUGUUGAUAAUGGCAACUUGGAGCAAUGGUUACAUGGUGAUGUGGGGCCUGUUAGCCCUCUAACAUGGGAUAUUAGGAUGAAAAUUGCCCUUGGAACAGCAAAGGGUUUGGCGUAUUUGCAUGAGGGUUUAGAACCGAAAGUUGUGCACCGUGAUAUAAAAUCUAGCAACAUUCUCUUAGAUAGAAAAUGGAAUGCGAAAGUGUCUGAUUUUGGACUUGCGAAGCUCUUACAACCUGAAGCGAGCUACGUAACUACUCGUGUUAUGGGGACCUUUGGAUAUGUUUCACCUGAGUAUGCAAGUACAGGCAUGCUUAACGAGGGGAGCGAUGUAUAUAGUUUCGGAGUUCUACUUAUGGAGAUAAUUACUGGCCGAAGUCCAAUUGACUAUUCCAGGCCCCCAGGAGAGAUGAACUUGGUGGACUGGUUUAAAGGAAUGGUGGCAAUUCGGCGUGGCGAAGAGGUUGUCGAUCCGUUGAUUGAGAUUCCACCCCCUCCAAGAACUCUAAAGCGAAUGUUGCUUGUUUGUCUACGCUGCAUCGACUUGGAUGCCAAUAAAAGGCCAAAGAUGGGGCAAAUUGUUCAUAUGAUAGAGGCAGACGACUUUCCUUAUCGUUCGGAGCUUCGAUCCGUGCGAGAGAAAGAUAACCAGCCUUCUAGCUUAGACGUGCCGAGUAAACUUCCAAUGAAGCAUGCUGGUAUAUAGAGGACAUGGAAGCAAGAAAGAGAUGAACCUUAUUGCUGCAAGAAAGAAGCCAGUUCUUCCAAGAGGUCAGAUUAUUUUGUACUAUAAUUUCUUCUCAAUCAGUUUUCGAAAAUCUAAUACGAGGCAGCGCGGUGUAUAUCGAUUAUUUGCAUAAUGUUUGUGCUGUUGUAUUGGUGUUUAUGGUUCUCUACAAACUUAAGAAGUGAGCGUUUCUUUUGUAUAUAGGAUGUCCUAUUUUUUAUAUAUGAAAUUUGUAGGCUUCUUGCAAUGAU